UACUUGAAUUGGGUACUAUGGCGCGGGAAAGGCGAGGGCACAAAAAAUGAAAGACAGACGCAGGAGCCGCCACUUUGGCGUCUCUAACCCACUUGUUCGAACCCCCGUGAAAUUGUGGCUUGGCGCAUCACGUGCAUUUUCGUUCGCGUUUGUCCCCCGAAAAGUGCGAGGCCACGCGCCGCUGCAAGAGAGCCAGUUCGCGAACCACGAUGAAGACGCAGCCAGGAAACCAGCCACGAUAAUCUCGCAAAUUUCCUCUGGUGCAUUAUCACUUCCUACUAAAAAACAUGACCAAGCCGAACGCAUUUGUAGCGUGGUUUCCCGCCGCUCAUGCUUUCUUGGAUAUGAUAAGGGGUGGGGGGGGGAGCAUGUUCUUCCAGAAUAUCGGGCCAAGAAAAAAAAAAUCUUUGACACAAGUUUGUCGGUCUCCUGCGGCUCGAGGGGGAGAAGAAAAUAGUAGAAGACAAGAACGAGAACGCGUCCACGUUGGAGAUGAAACGCCAUACGUCGGCGUUCUGAAGUCGCACGCUUUCCGAGCACGCCAUAAAACGAGUCACUGCACAGCAAACGGCAGCUACUCAACAGUCGCAGAUCCACUAAGUCGCGCUCGCUGCGACGCACUUCGCGAAAGCCGUUUGUGCCUCGAGAAUGGCGGCGUCGGGCCGUGCUGCUGGCUCCGCUGGCCUCGACGCCGGUCUCUCCAGAGACGACGACGGCCGGAUGAGCGCUUACAACGGCUACGCCACGCUACAGAGGGACGAUUGCGAGCUGUCGGCGAGCAGCAGCAGCAGCAGCGGCGGGGACGACGACUGCAGCAGCAGCGACAGCAGCAGUAGCAGCAGUUCUAGCAGUGACAGCGGAAACAGCGACGUGGCGCAGGCCGACGCGUCCCAGUCGGAGGACAUCGACAUCGAAGAUGUGCCGACUGCAUCCAGCGUCGCAGCCGUUGCCGCCUUCAUGGCGAGCGAGCCACAGAUGGGAAUCUGGAUCCAGGCAAUAGUCGAACGACCGGCGGACCUUCCCAGUGACUACCCGGACGAAGUUCACGACUGGAGCGGUUGGCCCAAGUUCGCUCCCAAGAACGCGGACCAACAGCGUGCGAUCGUGCCGUGCCUGCCGGCCAAGGUUCCUCACGUAGCGCUCGUCAACCAGCACGAGUUCCUGCUGCCCAAGAUGGAACUGCUUGUCCACACACAGGGCAGGUUGAUGCAGCCAGCGCCUUCGUUCCGCUGUACCAACUUGGUGGACGACCUGCAGUACACGGCUUGGCUCACCUUCACUAAUUCCGUUGGGGGCGAAUGCGUUGGUCAAUACUCCCACCCGGAUUCACCGCAUCCCGGUUCUUCGUGGAACGGCCGGGUGCUGUCGUUUUCUCGGUUAAAGCUCUUCACCUACGACGGCUUCAGCUCGAAACUGCCCCCGAUCACUCUGAAGUGUAACAACAGUUACCGCAUCCAAGUGAACGUUGGAAUCGUGGACAACAACGGACACAUCUUGAGCAGGUCGGUCGUCCGCCGCUUUGUCGGUGCCCACUUCAUUGCAGUCACCCAGUUCAGCAAAAAAGCUAGCUGAGGAAACCACGGCCAGAGCUUCAUCUUCAUGUCUUUUUUUUUGUUUCUUUGCCUAGUCUCGCCCAUCCAAGCAACAAGAAAUUCAAGACUAAGGCACGCUAAUUUAAUAUUAUAUUCACUGCACUGUUUUCACGACUUUCAUAGUUUCUGUGAUAAAAGUAAUAAAGACACAUUUGCCGGUA